AAUCUAUUUAUAAGGUAAAUAAUAACACCCAUUGAAAGCAUCCUCUUUUCUUCUCUCCAAAGAUAAUAUAAAUUCUUUAUAUACAGAGACAUCUAGAUUUCACUUCCACAUUCUAAAAAACUUAGUCCUUUAUCAAAACCAGAGAAGAUCAAGAAGAAGGCAUGGCGAGAUCACCAUACUAUGGCUCAUCUUACUUAGACUACCUCGCUCUCCCAAACCCACAUCUCUGUUUCUUCUUCAUCGUCGUCUUUUUCGUGUUGUCCCUCACAUGGUACUUGAACUACGAGUCCAUCAUCGAAGACACCCUGGACCAGCUUAAACUCGUCUUUAUGUUCACCCCUCUUUUCCUCCUCCUCCUCGUCCACUUCUUCUCCGGUGGCCUCUCCUUCUACGUCCCCUGGCCUGAACAAGACUCCAUUCACCGUGCUGGUUCUUCCCCUUGGGGCGUAGCAGCCGUGCUCGUGCUCAUAUUGUUCAUGGUCUCGUACCAGUCAGAUUUCCAGGAGAGGUGGUUCCCGUUUGGGGCUAAGUAGAUCGAUCAAAGUUUACGAUGACCAGCUUUAGUUAUUCUCUAGCAAGAUAUAUGGAACAUCCAUGUAAAAUAUCAAAGUACCUGAGUAAUAUGGUAAUAAUAGAUUAUAUGUAUUUUUCUUAAGAUCAUGAAGAUUUAGUCUUUCAUGUGAACUUAAAUAUGUGUAGUAAUGGAACUUUUUUCGAAGGUAGAUGAAGUUGUCUCAGCGUAUGUUUUUCUUUUAUUUGUAAAAUUUCUUAUGGAAAAUGAGAUUUUUGUGCAACAGAAAGUUUGAUGGAUGAAUAUGGAUGGCCAAAUUGAUGGA